AAUUAAUGUACAUGACAUUGUCGUUUCUUUAGGAAUGUCCUACAAUUUAGUUUGUUCAUUUCUACGUUUAGUUGUACUUAUAAAAUAUCAGAAAUAAAUAACGUUUCCCAAUAAGUAAGAAAGUAAAAAAUCUGAAUCUUCUUACCAACUGUGCCAGGCAUACAAUUCUCAAAAAAUAAACAAACAAAAAUAAUACAAGGACCACAAAAAAAAAAACAAAAAUUCAACGAGGAUGCAUCCUCAAUCAGAAGUGGAAAAUUAUAAGUUACAAGUGGAGCUGCUCCAGGAAAAACUACAUCGAAGUGAGGAUAAUCGUCAGGAGCUGGAGGAAAAACUGGAGCAGAUAAUGAAAAAGCGAAACGAGCAUGAGAGGACAUUAAGGUCAAGAAGCCAGCUAAAGUAUCAACAAUUCUUGGAUGAACAAAAAAAAAGAAAUGAACGUAAUCGGAAGCUGGUGGAAAUGUUGGAGCGGAUAGACCAGCAGGCAGCAGCAUUAUCAGCUAGAAGUGAACGACUUAAAAUGAUGAAGCUUCAAUAUGAAUUAUAUUUUUCAAAACUUGUACAAUCGUGUGCAAUGAAAACACUCCAAAGCAUUCCUGCGGUUUCACUCCGUUCGAUUGAGAGGCCAUCUAAUAUAGGAACGGCAUUAAGACCUGAUGAAAAAUCUAUUACGAAAGAGGAUUUUCAAAUGUUUUCUUCGUCGUCAAUCAACAACACUCCUCAUUUAAAAAGAAUUCCAUUACCUGUGGUUGUACCAAUCCCAAAUGAACAAAACCUAUAUCAACCAGGCUGGACGGUUGGCUGUACACCUCCAGGAGUCCUAAUAGCGCUUCCGAACACUGCAACUCUUCCCUCUUCAUCACUUAGCACUGAAAAUAAGAAAAUCCAACCCAACUACUAUUUUGAUUACUCUCAUUUUCCUAUUGGAUACCUUCAGGAGGGUACAUCAAUUCCCCCAAUGCAAUAUAACGUGGUCCAAUCGUCCUACUUGAAACAACCAGAUUACCAGCAAACACCAUCAGUAGAAAGACAUACCAAACAAUUGUUCGCAUCUGAUGAUGGCAUUAAACAAUCCAGGCCACAUUUUGAGUUUACAUUUGGAACCCCCUCAUUUCUUCCACCUUCUGAUGUUAAAGCUAAUGAAACAAUUCCAAAUAGAACGCAAUCCGACAAACUGAUUUCUGAACAGCCAGUAUGUGGCAAUAAACCUGAACCUAAGAAACACGAUGAUUUAGAGCACAAAGAAAACGAAGAAAACAGUCAGGAGUUCCAGAACUUUAAGCAAACUGGAAAACCAAUGUUCAAUAAGAAUUUGCCAGCUUCCUAUCAAAGUUUUAAGGUUGAUAAAUUACCUAACAUUAAACCGAAUAACUCCUUCCAAGAGGAACGAAUUCAAGAAGGGAGGAGGAUUGUACAUGAAGGAUACAUACCUAAUACCAUUGAUUUCCGUACUGACAACGACAACGACAGCAAGUACAUCAACUAUAUAAAAGAAAUGGAACAACCGUAUGAGAAAAAUCACCCCAUUCCCAUUAGCUCGGCUCCUCAAGAGCUCAGCAUUGAUAACAUCACGACAACACUUCAAAUACGAAAAACAGAAAAAAUCGAUGGAACGAAUGUCAGAGACGAUGAAAAUAUAAACGACGUGGAUGAAAACGAAAAGAACACUUCAUCGGCCUCCUCUGCUCCUUUGGAUGGUAAAUGUAGCAUAGAAAGUAUUGGUGAUGAAGCCCUUACAUUUAUGAAGAAACCAUUGGAAUAUAAGACGGAGAAACACAUAUCUAAUACUUCUCCUGCCAGAAACAUAGAUCCCAGUAGGGAUACGGAACAAAUAACUUUAUUUAAUGGGACAAAAAAUUCCCAAGAUGAAAGCACUCGAGCAAGUAAUAGAACCACUGCAAUUAUUGAUGGUGAUGUAGGUGAAAAUAAAGAAAACACUAAAAAUACACGCAUGGAUCCCAAUACAAAUCCCAGCACAGAUAUCUACCACCCUCCACCCUUUGACAAGAAAGAGAAAAUGUCGAUUGAAAAUAUUGAAACUGCCAUUUACGGAGAGUUACUGACGAAACCUGAAAACUUCAGCUUUUCUGAUGCUACCGUCUUAUCAUCAGAUAACCUAAUAGGAAAUGGAGGAGACGAUAAGGAAAUUGAGCAAAAUUCUCAGCAAACUGAGGGAUAUGGGUAUACUAAUUUGGAGCAGGACUCAUAUGAACAGGAUCCGGUGAUGGGGACAGGGCAUCAGCAAGUGGAACCAUAUGCAACGGAAAUUGAGCAAAUUGAAGCAAAACCUAAUUUAGAAGCAGAAAAUAAUCAGGGAAGUUAUUCUUACAGUCACAAUGUUGGAUCAAUAGAAGAACAACAGUUUGAUGAACAGAACUAUAAUUAUUCAGAUCAAAGUGCAGUGCCACUCGGACUCGAAGAAGGUGCGUCCCAGCAAUCUAAUGUACAGGAAUAUGGUUAUUCAGAUCCAAAUGCAGCAACACUGGGUGAAGUUGUGCCCCAGCAAGAUUACCCUGGUACCGAGGAUGGACAAUAUCUUCAACCUGAUAACUAUGCAGCAGACUAUCAAAAUUACGAUGCUUCUCAAUAUCAAACUGAAUACGACCAAAGUGACUAUCCAUACGAUUACAGUCAGGAACAAUACGAUGGAACUAAUCAAUCCGGGUAUGCACCAGAAGCUUACAACCAAGAAUACCAGGGAGAUCAGUACGCUGAACAAUACGCCAAUUAUGAGGCAAAUGCACAAAAUGAAGCUGAAACUUAUAAUGAGGCUAACACAGAAGGAUCAUAUCAACAAGUUAAUCAAAAAGUUUCUGAUAAUGAAAUUGAAGAAAGCUUUUCAACAGAGCAGGAAACUUCAAACAUAGAAAUAGAUAAUAAUAAAGUUUUAGAGAGCGUCGGCCAAGAGUUACAUGAGGAGCCAACAGAACCACAAGCAACAUCAAACCCAGAGACCACGCAAAUAAAAAGCCAUCCUACUUCAAUAUUAGCCACAGAAAAAAAUAGUGAUAUAGCAAUAAAAAAGAAAAAAAAAGUCAAUUUCGUUGAUAGCGAAACGGACGAAAGUUCUUCCCAACAGAAGCAAGGAGGUCUUUCCAGCGAAAGUGACUUUGACUUUUCAAAUAAUUAAAUACAACAAAUACUUCUAUAAGAUAAAACAACAGGACGGGAUGUAUAAAAAUGUAAGCUUUUGUACUAUAAAACCGAUUGUUUUUUCAGCAGUUCCUCAACUUUAUGUUAAAAGUGAUUUAGUUAAUAAAAUGUUAUUCAAAAAUAAGUAUAA